GGGAGGGCAGAGAGAGACCCUGAUUUGAAAGGUUUAAAAGCUUUCCGGUGGGGCAGAUAGGCACUUAUGCUGGUGGGGAUCCUUUGUGCAGCCAAGCUGGCCCUCACUCAAGAAGACCUUGGCAGAGGCAGCCUUUCCUUUUCCCAGAGUCCCAGGAACAGGAGGGUUUGCUCUCACCAUGUUGCUUUGGCCUGUGCUUCCUGUGUUCCUGGCUGCUGUGGGCAUUUGUGGCUUCUGGGUUGUAUUUGCCAUGGCAGUCACAAAUGGCUCCGUCAAUAUCACCGAAGCUUUCCCAUAUAUCAGCACAUGCGGUGCUUCUCCACCCCAGAGUUGCGUGUUUGGACAAAUUCUUAAUCUAGGAGCCUUUUUAGGUAUGGUGGUCUGCUUUAUAAAGUACAAACAAGUCCGAGAUUAUGGCUAUCAAUCCCGUCUGAAUCUAUUUGGACUUAUCUUAGGUCUACUUUGUGCCUUUGGUGCAUCAUUGGUGGGGAAUUUCCAGCAAUAUAAUGAGCUGCAAGUCCAUGUUACAGGCGCCUUCUUGGCUUUUGUGAUUGGAAACAUUUAUUUCUGGGUCCAGACCUUGCUGACCAAACAAGUGAAACCAAGACAUGGAGGAGCCUGGAUUGUACCACUCCGCUUCUUUCUUAGCCUUUCUGGUUCCAUUUUGUUUAUUUCCACGGUUGUUCUUUUCUUCCUACAACUGCAUUCGGAGGCAGCCUACUGCGAAUGGGCCUUGGCUAUGGACCUCUUCCUGCUGUUUGGCCUUUUUGCGGUGGAUUUCCAGCACAUCGGCGGCUGCUCAAUCCAUAUCCUGCCCCGGUGUGCAGAGGAUGAUUUCCCGAAUGUGCAGAUAUCAGUACAAACACUUUCACUCUGAUUCCUCUUGUGGCGUCUUGUCCAUGCACCAGGCCUGAUUUUUUUUUUUUUUUUUUGGUGGAAAAACACUGCAUCAAGUCCUUAGCAUUUGGCUGUGAGGGAAAGAGAACCCAAAACAUUGCCAGACCUAUUAUUUUCUCAUUUGAAAAGUCUUCUUAUCUGGCCGUGCUUUGGAUCCAUAUAAUUCUGUAGAGGAGAAGUAUCCUAGGUAUCCUUUAUAAGGAUUCAGCCUUGUUUUGUUUUUUUUUCCUGUCAGGGAAGUUAGUCCCAAUGUUUUUCAUUGGAAGAUCUACUUGUCAUCAUCUUGUUCUUUUGUUUUUUUAAAUAGAUUUUUAAAAAAUCUAUUUAAUUUUCUGCUAGUAACUUCUCAAUUAGCCAGCUUACCUGCCCAAACCAGCUUGAUGGAAGAAUUUGUUACAAAUUGAAAAGUGAUGAAGCCUUGGUUUUUUUUCUCCUCGGAGGAUUAUUGAUUCCUUAGUAUAGAUAAAAAUGAAUAUUUUUUCUUCUCUUCCAUCAUUGCCAGCAGAGCCAUGGAUGAGAACAAAUGAAGAAAGCAGCCAAAAUGCUGCACAACCAUUUUGCAGAGUAGAUCUUAUUACCUCAACGCUGACUAAACUAAACGUACUUAUAUUCUAAAACCGGUUUAAACAGUCAAAACCCAUAGAAUGGUUAUACCGACAUAUACAUGAAUUGUUUCUUUCAGACAUGCAGAAUAAUGAUACUAUCCAGUUUCUUAAAAUAUUCAACUUCUUAAAAUGUGUAUAUCAGUGUAUACACUAGAUUUAUAUUGAUUGGAGUGAAUCCAGUUUCUUUACAUCUCCUAGAAGUUAACAACUUUGGGUGUCCUUCCUCUGAUCAAAAAGGAACUUGCUUUUCCUAAUAUUUAAUGAAGUUGAAUUAUCCCAUUAGAAGGCCAGAUCUGAAAAUCCAAAGGUUCCUUCUUCCUUUUACGUUUUGUUAAAACUUUGCCUAAAUUAUACUGUGCCACAAAGGGGGCAAACACUUCUAUCUUCCUCCCUGACAACUUUUAUUUUAAUUGCUGUAUUUACAGUAUAAUAACUUUUCCUGACUUAAUUUCAGUUCUUUUAUGAUGGAAAUUUAAUAAAUGUAAAGUUUUUGGAUCCUAUUUUGUUCACAGAAGAAUCUUUCCUCUCUCUCUUUCUCUUAGAUCAUAGCAGGUCUGGUGCAUUUGUAUGCAGCGUUAAUAUUAUAUUGAGUAUAUUUAACUAUGUAGAAAAUAGAAAGGCUGUUAUCUUCCAGAAAGAUUUGGCGAUAAAACCUCUAAAAUCAACUGAAGAUUGACAAACGUUUCAAGAUAACAAUACAUUUUUAGCUAAGCGGGAAAGAGUCCCAGACGGAUUUCUGCAAGUGUGAAGAUGAAUUCUGGCAAUCAAAGGAUACUGAAUAAUUCCAUGAUAACUUUGGAGAGGGGACAGUAAAGAGAAUUAACCAUUCCUAAAUCAAAGCAUGCCUGGAAUCUUUUAGAAAAGAUGAUGGCCUCUAAACAGACUGUUCCCCAAAUAAUGCCAUCUCUUCAGACACAUUCUAACACAGGUGGACAACUCCUGUUAUAGCAAUCUUAUAACCUAUGGAUGUCAAUUCCCAGAAUCACAGCCUUUCCUUGUUAAUAAUGGAUUUUUUUUUGUUAAUUAAUGGGAUUCAUGAACAUAAUGAAUUAUU